UGUUUACUUUACCAACUUUCUAUCUUAUUUCAUCUAUACAUCUCGACUACCCGAUUUGAUCUCGGUGCGCUUGGCGAUCAUGUCUCACCAUAUGGAGGAUGCACACAAGCGACCCAAGGGUAAACAAGCCUCUUGCGAUCAUCCCUGUUCUACGCCUGGUCGCUAAUCGGACAGCAGGUAUCUUGAAGAACUCCAGCUCUCACGUUCCUCAGGUCGCGCAGCAUGCUCACGCUACUCUGACGAUCCCUUCGACCUCGGCCGACUCUACGGACACCAAGGAAAUCACGCUUCAGAACACCCUUCAGAAUGCCGGUCGGCGUCGGUCGUCAUCCAACACUCGCCCCGGGUCUUCGUCGCGACGACAGUCUCUUGCCAGCAUCCACGGUCAUCACGACGAGUCUUCGCCUCGCCUGAAGUGGGACGAAGCCAACCUGUAUCUGACUGAGCAGGAGAAGACGGCCAAGAUGAAGAUCGAUGAACCGAAGACUCCCUAUGCGCCGCGCUAUGACCCCGCCGAGGAUGAAGACGAGCUGGCGGGUGAGGAAAGUCUGAUUGAUGCGCAAGAGGUGGUGGUGGACGAACUGGACAAGACGAAGAAGGCGCACAAGAAGGCGAUCGCAGAGGAUGAUAUUCCGGAGUUGGAGCUGGGCGAGGCUGAGGAGUAUGGCGGUGAUGCGCACAUGGGAGAUGCGGAUCGGAUCGUGCGCGAACGAAGCCUGAGCAAUGACUCACAUCGGGGCGGGAAGCACGUUGUAGUCGGGGCUGGCGAGUUGAAUGGCGAGACGGAGUCUGGUGGAGAUACGUUGAUGACGGCGGGCGAAGCCGAGGAAAAGCAUCGCCAGUUCGAGCAGCAUCGGAAGAAGCACUAUGAGAUGCGGAACAUUAAGGAGCUCCUUGCUCACCCGGAAGAGCUUGAGGACGAAAUGGACGAAGAUGAAGACGAGGGGGACAGCUCGAGCGCCGCGGUGCCGCCCCCGAUGCCUAGGAUUCCGGAGCGAUUUCUAAAUGGAGGAAAGUGAGGUUGCGAAAGGAUGGACGGACAGAGA